GCCGCGCAUGCGUACUCCGCUUCUGCGCUUGUCAUCAUGGCGGCGCGGGGCCAUGUGCAGGACCCUAACGAUAGGAGGCUCCGACCUAUCUAUGAUUACCUGGAUAAUGGGAACAACAAGAUGGCAAUUCAGCAAGCUGAGAAGCUGCUGAAAAAACAUAAAGACCUGCACUGUGCCAAGGUUCUCAAAGCAAUUGGUUUACAGCGAACUGGGAAGCAAGAUGAAGCGUUUGUGCUGGCCCAAGAGGUAACAGCUCUGGAGCCCACGGACGACAACUCUUUGCAGGCACUCACCAUCUUGUACAGGGAAAUGCACAGGCCGGAAUUGGUGACUAAACUCUAUGAGGCAGCGGUGAGAAAGGUCCCCACCAGUGAAGAGUAUCACUCUCAUCUCUUCAUGGCUUACGCCAGAGUAGGGGAAUACAAGAAAAUGCAGCAGGCUGGAAUGGCACUUUAUAAAAUUGUUCCAAAAAACCCCUAUUAUUUCUGGUCUGUGAUGAGCCUGAUCAUGCAGUCUAUUUCAGCUCGGGAUGAAAAAUUGUCUAAAACAAUGUUUUUGCCUCUGGCUGAAAGAAUGGUUGAGAAGAUGGUAAAGGAAGACAAAAUAGAAGCAGAGGCUGAGGUUGAACUGUACUACAUGAUUUUAGAGCGUUUGGGGAAAUAUGAAGAGGCAUUGGAAGUUAUCAGGGGCAAACUUGGAGAGAAGUUGACCAGUGAACUGCAGAGCCGUGAAAACAAAUGUAUGGCCAUGUACAAGAAGCUGAGAAAGUGGCCCGAAUGUAAUUCUCUCUCGAAGAGGCUGCUUUUGCAAAACCCAGAUGACUGGCAGUUCUAUCUUUCUUACUUUGACUCAGUGCAGUACCUUGUUGAUGAUUCAUGGACUCCUCCAGUAGAGAGCCCAAUGUCAGCGGAAGGAGACUUGGAUCACACCUUAGAGCAGGCGGUCAGGUUUGUGGAAGGUCAGAUAGAGGGAGAUUCUAAUAAUCCACGGCCACUCAGAGGACCACAUCUAGCCAAGCUUGAACUGAUUCAACGUCUAAGAAGCAGAGGGUGUAACGAUGAGUACAAGCUGGGAGAGCCUGAAGAUCUGAUGUUCCAGUAUUUCCUUAAGUUUGGAGACAAACCUUGCUGCUUUACCGAUCUUAAAGUUUUUGUGGAUCUUCUCAGUCCAGCUCAACGUUCAAGUUUGAUAAACAGACUGCUGGGCUCGUUACCUCUGACCCCUUCAGCAGAAGGAGAUCUUGCACUGCCAGAGGACAUCAAGGCCAUGCAGAGGCACCUAUGUGUGAUUCAACUUAGCAGACUACUAGGACUCCAGGAAAAGAUGGACAGAGCACAGAAGCAGGAAGCAGUUGGAGAAAUCAUCGUAAGAUACAGACAUGGACUGCAGUUUGGAAAAUCUUGUCUGAAAACAGAGCUGCAAUUCUCUGAUUACUACUGUCUCAUAGGAGCCCACUUGCUUCUAGAUUUGUGGCUUAGUGGCGAGGACUGGGCAGUUUGGCAUGCUCUAACUUUAUUAGAAGAAGGAUUAAAUUAUCUGCUGACUCGUUUUGCGGGACCGCUGGGUCACUAUAAUUCUGCAUCCCAAGCCUGCAAUGCCGCACUUAGGUUUUUCCACUCCAACCAGAAAGAUACCUCAGAAUAUAUUAUACAAGCUUACAAAUAUGGAGCCUUUGAGAAAAUCCCAGAAUUUAUUGAAUUUAGAAACCGGCUGAACAAUUCUCUGCAUUUCGCACAAGUUCGCACAGAACGAAUGUUACUGGACCUUUUACUUGAAGCAAAUAUUUCCAGCACCUUGGAAGACAGCAUCAAGUCAAUGUGUCUGAUUCCAGAGGAAGAUGACAUUCCAUGGAAGGACUUACGAGAUAACCGGGAUCUAACAGUUCUUUUCAACUGGGAUGCAAAAAUCGAAGACCAUACAGAAGACGACAGCCAGCUCUCAUUAGAAGAAGAACGUAUCUGGCUGCUUAUCCGAUCCCUGACCUUAAGACUAAUUAGUGGUCUGACCACUCUCAACCACACUGAGCCCAAGAAUUCUGAAAAGGCUACUGAGAAUGGGGUGUCCUCCAAGAUUGAUACAGUCCGCACCUUGUUACAGCAGUUUGAGGAGGCAGUGGAUUCUGGGAAACGGUUUAGUGAGAAGAAUAUCAAGUAUCAUUUCCUUGGACCUCCAGCCUCUCGGCUCAGUGGAUUCUUAAGCAGUGGCUGCUGUCAGUGUCAGAAGGAGACGUUCCAGUUGGUGAAUGAUAUUUAUCAGCUUGAUUCAUGUGGCAUAGAUGAUAGUUGCGAUAUCCAAGAAAAAAUUGGGAACAGAUUAAACUCUUCUUUAGGCAAUUUAAAAGAUCUUUUCAGCCAGUGUAAAGGAGAUCUUCUGUUUUACCGAGAAGGACACUGCAAGACCUCACCUCGUGUUAUUGAGAACUUGGCCUUCUUUGUGGAGGCUAUAUCUAUUGUUCUCUGGGUAUCGGGAUAUUUUGCUGCUGUUCUUAGGCCGUUCAAGUCAAAUCUUCAGAAGAAGAAAAAAAAGAAAAAGGAAAGUAGUACUAUGCCUCCUGUGUUCACUGGUUUCCAGUACUACAUCAUUGGUCUGCAAACGUUGCUAACAGACAUGAAUGACUACAUAAAGGAGUUGGAGGCCUCUUUGGUUGCACUGAAACUUGAAGAUCUCUCCCUAGAAAAUGUAACACUCAGUGAGGAAGAAAAGAAGUUUACAAAACUGUCUAUUGACAAGGUUCAGAACAGCUACCUGCACUCUUUGCAAGAGGUUGGGGACCUCAUGAGGAAAAAAUUUGAAACCAUUAAGAAACUCAAACUCUAGAAUGUGAAUAGGAACUGUAUGGCUACAGCUACGUUGAUGGGCUCCUGGCAGACAUCUUAAUCCAGAACUUCCCAAGAGGAUGCAUGAAUGACUUAAAAACUGAUUUUUCUCUUUUUUUUUUUUUUUUUUUUUUUUUUUUUUUUUUCCUCCUCUGUUUUUUUCAAAGGUGUUGAGAAUGGAAUUUAUACCGCUGAUUUAAAUUAUUGUACAUAAACUAAAAGCAGGAGCCGCAGCCUGCAAUAGACCACUUUUUAUACACGUCCAUGAACUUGCAGCAGCAAUGUUUUCAUGCCUUUUUUUUGACCUUCAUGCAACCUUGGAAACUCUGUACCCGCAGCAAUAGAAAUUGGCUUACAACCAGCAGCUUUUCUUUUUCCUUGCCAUUUAGGUGAAUUUUAUUUAUGUUUUUGUUUUGGCUCAUUA